AAGUGUUCGGUAAUUAGCACAACGAAGUGAUUUGCCUGCACAACAUGGAAGAGAAGAGAUAUCCCGUAAGCGUUCGCCUUUUAGGAGUGAUGCACAAGGAGACGAGCAAAUUGUACAUGACCUCUGUUCUUUGGUCAGAUCAAAGCGAAGUCAUCGUCUACAGAAAGCUUGAAGACUUCAAAACAUUGCAUAAACAACUAAAGAAAAAAUAUUUAUCAUCAAAUCCAUUCAAAAAUUCUGAAAGAAUUCUUCCCAAGUUCAAAGCUGAUAGGGGGAGGGCAAGCGGCCAGGCGAAGCUCUUGAACAGGUCCGUUCUGAGGCUGAAGUCGCUUGAGGCCUACUGCGCCGAGCUGCUGAGUAGCCAUGAGCGCAUCUCCAAAGGCGCGGAGCUCACUCAGUUUCUGCUUCCCAGGGCAGAUGAUUUAAAACCUGAAUUUGCACGGAACAGCGUUAUAAUCAUGCCGUCGGAAGACCCGCUGAACAGGACGGACCUGAGAAGGUCCGACAUGGGCGUCACCCAGCCGUUUGUAACCGAGACGUACCGCUGCAUUGCUCCCUACGAAACUAAGGACACGAAGAACCGUCCCUUCAAAGUAGACAUGGAUGAGCUUGUAGACGUGCUUAUCAAGGACAAAGGAGGAUGGUGGCUGGUGGAGAACGAAGCUAAGUGCAUUGCCUGGUUUCCCGCUCCUUACCUGGAGAAAGCUGACGUUGAUGGCGAAGACAAUGACCGGGCAGAUAGUGAAAGUGACCUCUACGUUGUCACCAGAAAUUACAAAUCCAUGAACCCAGAUGAGCUGUCUGUGCAGAUCGGCUCUGUGGUGGAGGUGCUUCAGAAGUCCAAUAAUGGGUGGUGGUUUAUCAGGUACAACCACAAGGUGGGCUACAUCCCUUCCAUGUACCUGCAGCCAUACAGCAAUCCACGGGUGCGUAUGAUCCCAGGCCAGCUGGAGAUACACGGCUCCUCCUUAUUCCUGGCUCAGCCGCAGAUCGCGGGGCACGAGCUGAACCUCUCGCAGACUAACCUGCAACUGCCCACUGCCGCCCUGCGUCCCGCCGACAAGGCCAAGUCCCGCUCGGUCGAAAUGCUGCACAUGGCCCGGCCUGGCCCGACGGCCCAGUGGGCGCUGCCUACCAUCGAGGUGCAGCUCUCAGACCAGGGCAGAUCCAGGAGCCUGACCGGCUCCAGCGAGAACAGCGAGACCAGCUUCAGCGACGACAGCAGCUCUGCAUGCAGCAACUCCUUCAACGGCGGAGUCCCAGACGUCCAUCGGAGUGUCACGCCGACGCCCGUGUCGAGCAAGUGUCUGAGCCCUGACAGCGACGCCGAGGGCAGACUGAUGGCAAGCACAUCAGACCCCGGCUUGUUCAAGUUCUCUAGGAUGCCCAAAGUGCCUCCAAGGCCCCAGGCACAAGAGAUCCUCCAGCGCUGCACCACCGUCACCCGCAAAAACGCUUCCAAGAACCAGCUGUCCCUGUAACACAGGGUCACACACUGCUGAUGAACGGCUGUCUAGAAACGGAAUUCUCCGGGAAAUGCCAGCAGGAUCCAUGCAGGACCCUGGCCAGAGAAGGAAACUGAUGCUGGGUUGUACUUGAAUGACAUAAGGUUGCAAAAUAGUGUUACAGGUUCAGAUUAGUAUAACGCAAAUAGACAUUACAGUCCAAGUUUCGAUUGUCACAUAUCACAAACUAUAUUUUGUUGAUACUAUGACGCCUUUUCUAUUUGCUUUGCGAUUAAUGUUUUUACUGAUCAGCAUGAACUAGUAGGGUAGAUAUUCUGCUAUUUACAGGGUAUUUAUAGGUGUUUACUAAAUUAUUUUUACCGUACAAAUCAUUACAGAUUGUCAGAUAGUAAAAAGACAUGCUCCCAGGGUACUGAAUGGAAUGCAGGCAUGACUGUAAAUAUUUUUGACACGUUUUCAGCUGUUCUUUUGCUUAAUGGCUUGUUGAAUUUCUUCAAACUGUAUUUCAUAUAAGCUUUGAUGCAUUUGCCACUUUCUCCAUGAUAACUGUUUCAUUCCCGCUGUGGUCAGUGGGUUGGAUAUUAAGAUGUUGAAGGAUGUAGAUCAGACCUACUGGCAUUGAUUAUUUUACUGUAGAUACUAUUUGCAUUGAAACACAUUUGACUCGAUGGAAAGGCGUGUUCUUUAUGUACAUGUUCAUUAUGAAAUAAUCAAGUAUCUCCAGUGUUAGAGACUAAUAUUUCUCUUUAUUUUUGAGAUGGAAUAACUUGUAAAUGCUGUAAUGCAUAAUUAGUUUGAUUUUCACGCUUGGUUUUUAUGUGAUUUUUUGCCUAAUUGAAGAACACUGAUCUCUUUUCCAUACUGGAAAUCCAGUGUUGUGCCUUAUAUGCAUCAUUGUAUACUGUAUUAGUGAACUCUUAUUCUCAGCAUUAAUAAACAUUAACUAACUAUGCUUUCUGUGUUGAAUGAUAUUAUACACUAGUUACACUGUGUCAGUCUCACAAAUGUUUUUAACUCCAUUAGUUAAAAAUCAUAUACAGAACAUCAACUUAUACAGAAUGCUUACAUUACACAGCAUGAUCCACAUAAGCCUGUGUAAAACCGAGUGUGUUAAAACACGCAGUGUGUGUGUUGUUACAUCAUCUACUGUUGCAGAUUAUUACACAAACUGGCAUUUGCAAAACUGCCUUUGUUUACAAACAUACUUUAAUACAAACACCCAUUUUUCUGACCAUUCUAGCCCACCUUUAGUUAAUAAUAGCUAAUAGCACAGGUUCUUUGAUAAAUGCUGUUCAUACAGCUACAGCUGU